GACCAAGGCUAUUUCUGCUGCCUGUCGCUGGUGCUUGGUGUUCCUAAUAGUUUGCUCUACAGGGAUCCUCCAUUCUUAAUUUGUUUUAAUUUUAGUUGCCCUUCCUCUGUGAACUCUUAUUUUCCACCUUAUAUUGGAGUAUUUUGCUGCUGCUGUUGUGUUUUUGCGGUGAGACAGCUCUGGUCUGUGUGUAUUUCAUUGUGGGAUUGGAAAGUUGUGGAAGAGACUGGGAGAGAGUGGAAAGGAAGGGAGGGGGAAGAAAAAAGGGGAUAAGUCAUCUAACCAGCCAGCCAAAGGAGAGGUGGGCGACACAAGGAGAGGAGGGAACCAACAGUAAGUCAGAGAUUUUACAGUAAGUGAGAGUGAAUAGAAGCUGUAGGACAUGAACUGAAAAUGGCUCAGCGUCUGCGUUUGUACUUUGGAUCUGGCCGUAGCAACACUGCUCCGGAGAUGCUGGAAACGGACCCAGAGGAGCAUGAAGGAGAGAGGGAAGCGGGUAGAGCACACUAUGCGAGGCCUCCUCCAUUACCUAGGCCUCCUUGGGAGUCUGCAGCGCAACAUAUCCCUUCUGGAAGUUAUGGUUUACGUUCGGAGCCUUCACUCAAAAGGAGCUCUUCCAUGUUCAUACCACAGCUCACUUACUACCCCGAACAACGAACCACCAAGAGCUCGUCGGUGCAGAUCUCUCUCCAGCCGUCUAAUGGAUCAAUUAGAAGAAAUUCUGAUAGCCUUGUUGAUGAUGUCCCACCACCUUGUUAUACUCCACCUGGACCUGCGCCUGCGUAUCCUGAACCCCAGAUUCAGGAAGACUUUCCUCACCAGCCACCUCCUCCAUACUACAACCCAGAUUCUUUAAACUCUCAAUCAUUGCUGAAUGAACCAAACCUUCCCAAACGCAGAGUUUUUAGCAUUGGGUCGAGUGGAUAUCCUACAGUUAAUGGAGGCGCCACUGGUUUUAGUGUUGGUACCAUUUGUAUCCAGAGAAAUUCUCCGGAGAAUUUUGAUGUCAAACAUUUCAGGAUCCAUCCUUACUGUGGAGAUGGUCGGCAGCAGAGUCAAGAGCCAUGUUCUGGUGUUAAUGGUGCGACACAGAGGCUGGUUUUCCAGCUGCAGCAAAACCAGGAUCAGACCCAGGAUAGUCAGCAGACUGCUGGAUCCCAGGAGGACUUUGGUAGAGAAAGCCCAAGAGGCAUCCGCACGGUCCGUUACCCAAGAAUUCGACUACAGAGGAGCUCCUCUCAUCCCAGGCUGCUGCUGGAAAAUAAACAUCAGAAGAAUGUGGCAGACUUCCAAACCAUAGAGGAGAAUCAGACUGAUGUGGAACUGGAAACAAAGGAUAGAUCAAAAUGUUGUACUUUUAAAAUCAGUGAGGAAAAUCCGAGGAGACAGCCGCAUUUCAAGAUAUUCUUCACCCAAAGUGGAAGUGGAGAUCAGGAUGUAACACUUAGCAAGCAGCUGACAACAAAUGAACCCAAGACUAGAGAUGAUUUCCUUGGACAAGUCGACGUUCCUCUCAGUCAUCUGCCGACAGAGGACCCAGCUAUGGAGCGUCCAUACACAUUUAAAGACUUCCUGUUACGGCCAAGAAGCUCAUGUGUUCGUUCCAGUCAUAAGUCCAGGGUGAAGGGCUACUUGCGUCUGAAAAUGGCCUAUCUGCCCAAACAAGGAGGACAAGAGGAGGAGGCUGGAGAGAUGAGGGAAGAGGCUGAGGGUUGGGAUGAGUCUGCAGAUUCAGGCUCCCAGAGGCCCCAGCAGCUGCUGCCUCCUUUGCCUCCAGGCUGGGAAGAAAAAGUGGACAACCUCGGACGCACUUACUAUGUCAACCACAAUAACCGCACUACACAGUGGAAACGGCCUUCCAACGUGGAUGUAAUCUCGGAAACUGAGAGUGACAACCAGCAGCGGCAAAUAAAUCAAGAGGCACAUCGUGUUUUCCGUUCACGCCGUCACAUCAGCGAGGACCUUGAAAAUGAGCGGCUGGACUCCAGGGACCUUGACAAUUCCUGGGAGCUCAUCACCGAAGAGGAUCCCAACGACAGCCUUGCCCAGCCUUUGCCAGCCCCCGCCUCCAUUUUGACCCCACAGCAGUCCCCAACACCUGCUGCUCAGGAGUUCUCUGAAGAUUUAAACCUAAGGCUUUCAAUCACCCCUGAAACAAAUGGUGAACUGCCAGGACCCAGCUCCUCUCUGAGCCAGCUGUCAAACAGACUCCGGUCUUCAAGUAUGACAGAUGGUGUCAGUGAUCAGGCCCAGGCUCCUCCUCUAACGCAGGGUUCCCAGACCAGAAGAACAAGAGCUCAAACAGUCUCAGGUGGUGAAGAGCCCAUGUCCCCCUCGGCAGCUCCCUACGCCUUGACAACCCCCGGUCUGCCCCCUGGAUGGGAGGAGAGGAAGGACGCCAAGGGAAGAACUUAUUACGUCAAUCAUAACAACCGCACCACUACUUGGACUAGGCCAAUUGUGCAGCUGACUGAAGAUGGAGCCAGUACCUCAGCAGCAGUAGCAUCAGGGGCAUCCUCGGCCCUAGUACCAGCUUCCUCCCCUUCCUCAUCCUCUUCCAAUGCUUUCAACCACCACCUCCAUGAGCCUCAAGUCCGACGACCUCGUAGCCUCAGCUCUCCCACUGUCACCCUUUCCACCCCCUUGGAGGGGGCCAACAAUAUCCAGGUGCGGAGGGCUGUUAAAGACACCCUGUCCAAUCCUCAGUCUCCUCAGCUAUCGCCUUACAGCUCCCCAAAAACACAACACAAGACCCAGCAGAGCUUCCUGCCCCCUGGCUGGGAGAUGAGGAUAGCCCCAAAUGGACGGCCUUUUUUCAUCGACCACAACAGCAGAACCACCACCUGGGAGGACCCCAGGUUGAAAUAUCCAGUCCAUAUGAGGAGUAAGAACUCGAUGGAACCUGGUGAACUUGGUCCUCUCCCUAACCUACCAGAGGAGCCUGGAUGGGAGGAAAGGGUUCACACAGAUGGACGCACUUUCUACAUUGACCACAAUACGAAGACCACGCAGUGGGAGGACCCUCGUUUACAGAGCCCAGCGAUCACAGGGCCUGCUGUUCCUUACUCUAGAGAGUUCAAGCAGAAAUAUGACUAUUUCAGGAAGAAAUUAAAGAAACCGGCGGAUAUCCCUAACCGAUUUGAGAUGAAGCUACACAGGAACAACAUCUUUGAAGAGUCCUACCGUCGGAUCAUGUCCCUGAAGAGGCCCGAUGUUCUAAAAGCACGAUUAUGGAUCGAGUUUGAAUCGGAGAAAGGAUUGGACUAUGGUGGCGUAGCCAGGGAGUGGUUCUUCCUCCUGUCUAAGGAAAUGUUCAAUCCGUAUUACGGCCUGUUCGAGUACUCUGCCACGGACAACUACACUCUCCAGAUCAAUCCAAACUCUGGCCUCUGCAACGAGGAUCAUCUUUCCUAUUUCAAGUUCAUCGGUCGUGUUGCAGGAAUGGCCGUGUUUCAUGGAAAACUGCUGGAUGGCUUUUUCAUCCGUCCUUUUUAUAAGAUGAUGCUGGGGAAACAGAUAUCACUUAAAGACAUGGAGUCUGUGGACAGUGAGUACUAUAACUCUCUAAAAUGGAUUCUGGAAAAUGAUCCCACCGAGCUUGACCUGAGGUUCUGUAUCGACGAGGACAACUUUGGACAGACGUACCAGGUUGACCUGAAGCCCAGCGGAUCAGACAUGGUGGUCACCAAUGAGAACAAGAAGGAAUACAUUGACUUGGUCAUCCAGUGGAGGUUUGUCAACCGGGUCCAGAAACAGAUGAACGCCUUCUUGGAGGGAUUCACUGAACUCAUUCCAAUAGAUUUGAUCAAGAUCUUUGAUGAAAAUGAACUUGAGCUGCUCAUGUGCGGCCUGGGCGAUGUCGACGUUAAUGACUGGAGGCAGCACACGGUUUACAAGAAUGGCUACUGUCCCAACCAUCCGGUUAUACAGUGGUUCUGGAAGGUUGUCCUGUUGAUGGACGCUGAGAAGAGAAUCCGACUCCUCCAGUUUGUGACGGGGACAUCACGAGUGCCGAUGAAUGGCUUCGCUGAACUCUACGGUUCUAAUGGCCCUCAGCUGUUUACGAUUGAGCAGUGGGGAACACCAGAGAAGUUGCCAAGAGCUCACACAUGUUUUAACCGCUUGGAUCUGCCCAGUUAUGAAUCCUUCGAGGACCUGAGAGAGAAACUCCUCAUGGCGGUGGAGAACGCUCAAGGCUUCGAGGGAGUCGACUAAAGCACCCCCUACUGACUGAAUCCAACAAUACCAAGAAAAAAAGUCCAUCGGAAUCCACAGGGACGUGAAACCAGUUGCUGUAGCAGUUUUUGUGCGAGCAUGUUGUAUCGUAAUGCCUGACUGUGAGCCGUCACCACUGCCUGGUGGAUUUUAAAGACUGUACAGCAACUUGUCUAGCCAAUAUGCCCACGUUUUUCUGUCUUUUCAGUGCAGGGCGGUUCACUCCUUUAAUGUGCUGGGGAGAGAAAAGGGAGCAUUGCACUGCCUCAGUUCUGAAAUGUCUGAUCUGCAGACAUAAGCAGCAAACAACCAGAGCUGGAAACCCCAAAUCCACCAUUUCUCUCCCUCAUCCCCCAUCCUGUGAAAAUCUGCAGUGCUGGAAAAUAACCGUGCAUUUCAACAGCUUCACUAUAGCAAAGAGUUCGAGCCCCUUUCAGUGGAGAGCUCCAUGCAUGGCCUUAAUCUGGCUCCUACAUGCACUAUUACUCCUAAGAAGCUGCAACGGCACUAAGAGCUUAGAUCUUAUUCAAAUCUUAAAGCAACACCAGGUAACCUUAGGAACUCUAGCCAAUCAUAUUUCAGGAAAUCAGACACACCCCUCCGUAGAGCCUUGUCUGGGUCAUGUGAUCAGAUAGCGCUGCUGCAGCCUUUACAGAAUAAAAAUCUUUUUUUUUUUUUUCAAAAACUAAAACGAUUAAAAAAGAGUUUAACCUUGUUAUUAUUUCCCUUUUCUUUAAUAUAUAAAUAACCUAGUGGUCAUGCAACAAAAUUUCUUUUUUAUUAAUCCUUUGUAUAACUGACAGAAUAACAUGUUGUGUAUUUGUACUGAUGAAACAACGUUCUUUAAUAUUUCAACAGCCGCAUACAACAUGCCGGUUGAAGUUCAGAUUCGGGGCGAGCAGAAUCCAUGUUUGUUACGCUGAUAGCAAAUGUUUAAAACAAUGUUUUUACUGUAGUGCUUUAAAAGCAGCAUGAAACUGUGCAUUGUGUUUGCUUUUGACUGCAUACUAACUUGGAAGUGGAAUCGCCCUCGAGGUCAUGAAGGGAAAAGUCAAAUUGUGGCAAGUUUCUGUGAUUAUUGCUCCCCAUGCCUGUUGCUGUUCAUAAUGCUGUAAAAAAAAAAAGUUUGUUUUAAGCUCUUUCACUAGAUAUAAAUAUAUGUAUGUAUUACACUUAACAGAAGUAUUACUGAUCAACACUAAAAUGAAGCCGUGAGUGAGUGAAUGUUGGAGUGAAAAGCUGUGAUUACCGCUGAAUAUAAAGCAGCAUGUUUCUUACAAAGAAACACAAAUAUCGCUCUUUUGUUGUUUUUCUUCCCAUCUCCCGUUUUUCUAACACAACUGAACCUAAAGGGCACUUUAUAGAUAACUCCGAGGUCAUGUCGCCUGAUAUGUCUUUUCAUUUACUUGAAUGUGGUUCUUUCCUUUCAGAGCACUUACUGGUGCAAUAUAAAUACUCUGUAAAUCUGGGCUGCUGCUAUGGUAGAAACAGAAGUGAAGAUGACACUUCAUAUUCUAAAGUCCAUAUCUUGAUUUAAGCUUUUUCUUGAUAUUUUCGUCUUGUAUGUUUCUUAACCCCUUGAUCUCUCAACUCUGAUCCGUUUUUGUUCUUGUUUGUUUUUUAAAUCGGGUUUUUCUUUUUUAAUGGAUAAUGAGAAAUAUAAUUUUUUUGUUAAUGGUUCCACUACUUUCUGCAACUCUUUGUGGUUCAUUUAACUUUAAAAUAAAAUGACACUUCUUACA